AUGCCUGCAUUGCCAGGAGAGAGAAGCGAGGCGAUGCGCGAGGAGGAGCGGGACGAAGUGCUGUGGACGAGCGAGUGCUCGCCGCGGGUGGCGGGUGUUCGGCGUGGUCAGGACGCUCGCCUUCAGUGUGAGAUGGUCGCCCCCACAGGCUCUGUCCUCACGUGGUACAAGGAAGGCGUGCCACUGCACCGAGAGGGUGCCCAGGUCGAGGUAGGUUCCACGCCCCAAGAGCUUCUGGAAGAGGCGACCAACAUGCUGGGUCUGGAGGGGGAGUUGUCCUCAACAGCGUCCACGUCCGCCUCCGUCCUGCAAAUCUCCUCCGUCGUCUAUUUGGACUGCAUCUCCGACCAACACCAGGCGACAUACAAAUUGGAGGUGAGAGCACACGAGUCAGAAGUAAAUUAUUGGGGAGCUUCUGUUCUACCUCCUUAA